AUGAACUUCAACAACGAUUUUUUGGUUUCGUCCAACAACACGAUAAACGACAACAAAGUUAACGCGAAAAAAGUGGCCCGCAGUCCUUUGUACCAAAUCAAGAAGCUGAUCAAGUGCGUCUUGAAGAAGAACGAGAAAAACACCUACAAGAAAAACCCGCAGCCCACCUAUUUCAUGGACGAAGAAAUCGCAGACAAUUUCGCCAAUGAAAUUUUGGAAAACGAAAUUUUUGAAGAAAUUGACACUUGUGAAGACUAUGCUGGCGUGCCUAUUUACAAUGGUACCUCCGCUGAAAUCCUGCCGAUAGCCCGUGGUCAAAGGUAUGUUCCAGUUCACUUUGCCAAAACCGAAGCCGGUACUUUCUUCUGGACGUCGGUGUCGUCGCCUGAUAGUGAUAUUGUCAAGCAUAACGCAAUUAGCUGCAAUCAGACUCCGGAACUACAAGUGCCUUGCGAUAGAUGGGCGCAAGCAUAA